AUGUGCUUGCGCUACAAGUCAAAAUUCGCGCUCGAUGACGAACAUCGUGAUGCUAUCAGUGCGAUUGUCUUUAGCCCAGAUGGUCGCUCGCUCGCAAGUAGCAGUGAUGAUGGUAAAGUUGUAAUCUGGUCACUGUUGUCUGGGAGGCUCGAUAAUGGCAGGUGCUGCGAAGGAACACUGACAAUGUUCACCUUGGAUGAGACUAUGGUAACCGCCUCGGGAUUUCUAGCACAUCAUGAAGGGCCUGUUGAAUUGCUCUCUGGCCCUGACAUUAUGGACAUAAAUUCAUGCUCAGAUCAUUUGCUGGCAUCUGCAGCUGGUAAUACAGUGAAAAUAUGGAACUGGAGUCACGAGGCUAAAUUUUGGCGCUACUAUCAUACCAUCGAUUAUCCACAAAAUGUUUCAUAUUCAACAUUCACUGUUGAGGUCACUGGAGUUCAAUGGCUUGCAUAUCCUCAAGAUGAUUGUCUUGCAGUCUCCUAUCUGCAUCAUGGCAUAAUAUGCUGGAAAAUUCAUAAUGACAUAUUUUCUGUCCUAUGGGCUAUACAUAUGCCACUAUGGAUAUCAUCUGGACUACGAGAGAUGACUAUUAGAGGAAGUGAUGAACAGCCAGAUAGAAUUCUACCUGUCACUUUUCAUCAUGGACAGCUGCUACUGGCUGGCAGUAUGACUGGAAAAGUGCAUCUAUAUAGCUCAGAGGAUGGCAAGCGUCUUCAAACAGUCAAAUUUAAAGGUUCUGUCCCAGUACAGACUGUUUCAGUAUGA